ACACGUAUCCAAAGCACUCCACCACACACGCUUCGUUCUCUACAUACUUUCGGCUGCAUUAAUUCGCCAACAAAAUGGCAGCUUCUUCUUCCGUGACGACCGUCGGCGGCAGCUUCCUCGCCGCCCUCGCCCUCCUCGCCGUAGCCAGCGACGCGGCGGUGUUCACGGUGGUGAACCGGUGCCCCUACACCGUGUGGGCCGCGUCCGUGCCGGUGGGCGGCGGUCGGCGGCUGAACCGCGGCGAGACGUGGCGGAUCACGGCCCCCCCGGGCACGACGGCGGCGCGCAUCUGGGCGCGCACGGGCUGCCAGUUCGACGCGAGCGGGCGCGGGAGCUGCCGCACGGGCGACUGCGGCGGCGUGCUGCAGUGCACGGGGUACGGGCGCGCCCCCAACACGCUGGCGGAGUACGCGCUGAAGCAGUUCAACAACCUCGACUUCUUCGACAUCUCCCUCAUCGACGGCUUCAACGUGCCCAUGAGCUUCCUCCCCGACGGCGGGUCCGGGUGCAGCCGCGGCCCGCGGUGCGCCGUCGACGUGAACGCGCGGUGCCCCGCCGAGCUGAGGCAGGACGGGGUGUGCAACAACGCGUGCCCCGUGUUCAAGCAGGACGUCUACUGCUGCGUCGGAUCGGCGGCCAACAACUGCGGGCCGACCAAGUACUCGAGGUACUUCAAGGGGCAGUGUCCCGACGCGUACAGCUACCCAAAGGACGACGCCACCAGCACAUUCACCUGCCCAACCGGAACCAACUACAAGGUCGUCUUCUGCCCGUGACCGUGAGGCUGAAGAUGACCGGCCGGGAGUGAUCAUGCGAAUGCGACGAAGAAAUAAAAGGAUCGAUCGAGGUUUGUGUAGUAAGCUAGUAGUGUGCUCAACUGGAGCAAAAAUAAAUAAAGCCAACAAUUAAACGCGUGUGAUUUCUAUGUCACCAACUCAGUAUAUAUAGUCACCAUAUAUAAUGAAGCAUACUGAAGUUGUUUCUUAAAUUA